CAUUUACGUAAGAUAAAUUUCUUUGAUCUUUUCUUCUUUGUAGCCAGUUGCCAGCUACACAUUUUUACGUUGUUUAUUAAGAUGUCUGCAGGUUUUGAAGGACCUCCUUUUCCAUGCAUGUAGAUUAAAUCAUGCAUAUUGAUACUGACUGACUUUUAUUUUCCUUAAACAGUUGAUUGAUUGAUAUCUGAUUUUAAAUUUCUCCGGCGUCGGUAAAUAUGCAGAGAAUUAAGAUGAUUUUAGGUGGGUUCUUUGAAAAUUGUUUUCGUGUAUUCCGGAAGUUCAUCUUCAGCGUGGUUUCUGUAGGUCCGAUCCCUACUCAUAUUGCCUUCAUCAUGGAUGGAAACCGGAGGUACGCUCGGAAACAUAAACUGAAAGAAGGGGCUCGCCACAGAAUUGGACUCUUUGCUCUUAUGUCAAUGUUGAAGUACUGUUACGAGCUAAGGGUGAAGUAUGUGACGGUAUACGCCUUCAGUGUCGAUAAUUUCAACCGAGAACCAAAGGAAGUUCAAUACAUGAUGACUCUGAUGGAGGAGAAGAUUGAGGAAUUACUCAUGGAAGGUAGCAUUGUAAGUAAAUUUGGGGUUCGGUUACAUUUCAUAGGAAACUUGAAGCUCUUAAAUGCUACUACCAGGGCAGCAGCUGAGAGAGCAAUGACAGCCACUGCAAUGAACAACAACCUAGUGUUAGUUAUCUGCAUAGCAUAUUCUUCCACUGAUGAGGUCGUCAACGCCGUGCAAAAAUCAUAUAAAAACAAGUGGUGUAAAUUACAAGGAUUGGACUCAAGUGGCUGUGGUAGUGAUGAAAUUAGAUCGGUUGAUUGUAGUCGUGAGAAUGAUCACGAGUGUGCAGCUAUGUUAUCAGACCUAGAGAAACAUAUGUACAUGGCUGUGACCCCUGAACCUGACAUUUUAAUCCGUACUUCAGGUGCAAAGCGACUUAGCAAUUUUCUUCUAUGGCAAUCUGCGCACACGUAUUUGUAUUCACCUGCAGCCCUUUGGCCGGAUAUCUCUUUAUGGCACUUGAUAUGGGUGGUCUUGAAUUUCCAACGAGUUCAGCAUAACUUGGAGAAGAAAAAGAAGCUACUUUGAAUUUUUAAUGGAUUUAUAUCGUUGUCCCGCUAAUUUUUUUAUCUCUUUUGUCGAAUGAAAGACAGAUAUCAAUGGAAUUUCAUGCAAAGUGACUGGUUUCAAAUCCUGAUUUCAGCAAAGCCUUGUAAUUGUACCGGUAUAGGAAAGAAAAGGAAUGUUUUCUUUGUCCAAUAUUACAGUUCUGACAGAAUUACUGCAUCAAUU